AUGUCAGCGGAACCCUCAUUUCACUCCAGAAGGCGACGGCGAACUUUUUCGGAAGAAGAAUCCCCACUGUCAGGAUGGAAGCUUGGAGUUGUUAUCGGAGUAAUAAUCAUGUGUUUUGCAAUGCUUUAUCCGAGUAUGCUUCAUCCAUUAAUAUCUUCAUUUUUUCGGUCUCCACCAGCACGGAAAACAGUCACAAAUCGACCACCAAUUCAUCCGGCCAUGAGUUCGCCACGAUCUCAUCCUGAUUUACAUCCAGAUAUGUUACAUAUAGAUCUUCAUUUUUAUUGUUUUCUAGCAGUUUUAGGAGUAAUUUUACUUUCGGAAUAA